CGAAUAUUAUAAAUUCCUACAUCAUCUCAGCCGUCGCAGUGCACACCCUCAACGACGACCGCCCGACGCUCCUUUUUCGAAAUCACUGCUCUCAGCUUAGUCUGAAGCGCUGCCUCACGUCACCGUCUUCACGUCCCGUUCAUCGCUGCACGGCGCCAUCAUGGCGAGCGCCAGCGCCGGGGCCGGCGUGUCCGGCACCGCGGCAUCGCACCCGUACACAUGCAACACGUGCCAGGUUGCCUAUCGCAAUAUUGAUCUACAGAAGACACAUAUGAAAAGUGACUGGCACCGAUAUAACCUCAAGCGCCGAGUGGCCUCGCUGCCUCCCAUCUCCUCAGAAAUUUUCACGGAAAAGGUUCUCCAGGCUCGGGCUACAUCGACCGCCGAAGCGGAAAAGGCCUACUUCGAAAGGGCAUGCGCGGCGUGCAACAAGACGUACUACAGCGAGAAUGCGUACCAAAACCACUUGCUCAGUCAGAAGCACAAGCAAAACCUGUCAACCGCGGGCCAUCGCCGUGCCGAUGACGAGACGACGUCCGUCGUCAGCUCUACAUUCUCACUCGGGGAGCCGACUGGACCGUCCCGAGAGGAGUUUGACAGCGAUGCUGAGGAUGAAUUCAAUCAGGUGAUUGAGAGCCUUCAAAAGGCCACGGUCUCGGGACAGCGGCCAUCCCCGGUAAAACGCCCGUCCAACCCGCGACCCGUCGGUGCGGACGCGGACAAGAACGGCGCUGCCGAUGAUGAAGGUUCGACGACGACUGGUGGCGCUGAGCCCGCAUGGACGGCCAACUCUUGUAUUUUCUGUAACUACAAUUCCCCCUCAGUGGAGCUGAACGCCACGCACAUGGAGCGAUUCCACGGCAUGUUUAUUCCCGAAAAGCCAUAUCUCGCCAACCUGGAGGGCCUCGUCAAGCACUUGCAGCGCCAAGUUGCCGAAUACCACGAGUGUCUGAGUUGCGGAAAGAUCAAGACGACAAUAUUUGGUGUGCAGACGCACAUGCGCGACAAGGGCCACUGCAAGAUUCCCUACACGUCGGAGGAGGAGCAGCUGCGAAUCGGCGAUUUCUACGACUUCAGGAGCACUUACUCGGAUGGUGAAGACGAUGAGGAGUCUGAUGACGAGGUCGCAGAGGGUGAGGCUGGUGGAGCCAAACUGGGACCGAAACGACGAGCCAAGAUUGUCAAUGCUGAUGGUGAGGAAAUUGGUGAGGACGAAGACGCUGAGGGCUGGGAGACGGAUAGCUCGGUCUCGUCGCUGGACUCUGCCGACCUUACGGCUGUCCCCGCCGAGGGCCACAUCCACCAGUUUGAGCGCCUCAGCAAGCACCCGCACCACUCCCGCCACGACCCUCGGAACCGUCACCAGGUCGACGGCUGGCACUCGAGAGCGCACAAGCAUACGCACGCCGUCUUUUACGACGACUACGAGCUGCACCUGCCGUCAGGGAAGUCGGUCGGCCACCGAUCUCUCAACAAGUACUACCGACAGAACCUGAACAACUAUCCGACACCAGAGGAACGCGCCGAGCGCUUGGCUAUUGAACAAGCAGCAGGCUCGGGAGACGAGCAGGAGGAUGGUCGGAGCAAUGCCGAUAGGACAGUUGCUGUGCGGGGCCGUGGCAGGGAGGUGGCGCCGCGAGGGACGCUGGGCAUGGUGGGCGUGUCGGACGAGAAGAAGCGCGAGGCGCGGAAGAUUCAGCAGCGCGGCCGCGACGCGCAGAAGCAGCGGACCAAGGCGGAAGAGUGGUCGUAUGGCAAGCGGGCCAACAACCAGAAGACAUACUACUACCGCUACGAUGGCGGUGGUUAGUUUUCUGUAUGUCCAUGGAAGAAUAGAGGAGCCCAGGCAUUGAAUGGAGCGCUCGGCGUAUAUUACUGUUGUGGAUGUCGAUGUUGUUUGACGCAAUGUUGCACGCCGUCUUUCCGAACGAGUGAGAGUUGCAAGAGCCUGCCGGUCAUGAGACUCGGAACCACGUACCCACCAACCACGUACCCGAUAGGUGAAGAAACUUGCUGCAUUGGUCCA